AUGUCCUCAUCCCUUGCCAAUGCCUCAUCCCCUCCCAACACCACAGCUGCCCCCGUCCCCGGCGCAGCGGUGGGACUGACCCUGCUGUCGGUGGCAUUGGCGGUGGGGCUGCCAGGCAAUGCCAUGGUCCUCUGGAGCUUCGCCAUCACCCGCCGUCGCAGUGUCCCCGUCCUCCUCAUCUUCCACUUGGCCUUGGCCGAUGUGGUCACCCUCCUCACUGGUCCUGUCUACCUCCGGGCCUUGAGUGUUGGCCAAUGGGACAUGGGCUUGGCCGUCUGCCGUGGGUGUCACUACCUUGCUGCCACUGCCAUGUAUGUCAGCAUCUUCCUCAUCGCUCUUCUGGGUCUCCAUCGGUGCGUGGCAGUCUCCAGGCCAGUGACGGCGGUGGUGACGGCGGGUGGUCGUGCCAGACGGUUGGCUCAUGGAGCAGCUGCAGUGACUUGGUUGGUUGCUUUGGUGUUGGCCAUCCCAUCCAUCGUCUUCCGAAGGGUGAAGGAUGGGCACUGCCAGCGGGUGCACAGCACGGAGGCUUGGUUGGUGGUCCACAACCUUCUGGAGACCAUCUUGGGUUGGGCUCUACCAUUGACUGCUAUAGCCACUGGCUAUGGGUUACUGGUCCACCGGUUACACCAAACCCGCUUGGCCCGGCGCAGUCGUACCUUCCGGCUGGUGGCUGCUGUGGUGGUGGCCUUCGCCAUUGCAUGGGGCCCUUACCAUCUCGCCAGCUUGUUGGAGGUGGCAAUGGUCCUACAAGGAGGUGGUGGGACUUUGAAGGCGGCUGCCAAGGCCACUCGGCCACCGGCCACUGCCUUGGCCUUCCUCAGCAGUGCCAUGAACCCCCUCCUCUAUGCCUGCGCCGGGCGGGGGCUGCGCCGUGGUGCCGGGGGGUCUCUCCUGCCCCGGCUCCUGGAGAUCUCAGCCAUCACUGGCAGCUCCCGAGGGACCUUGGCCAAGGGGACCCAGCGCGGGGGGAGGAGCUGGAAGGGGUUUGACGAUGACACCAAACUGGGAGGAGAAGCUGAGACCCCCAGCGGGCCGGGUGACCACCCAGAGGGACCUCAAUGGGCGGAGAAACGGCCCAUGAGGAACCUCAUGAGGUUCAACAAGGGGAAGUGCCCCAAGACCAACAGUGACCUGAGGGGGGGACGGCUGACGGCGCUGGUGCUGCGGGUGCUGGCCCUGGCCCAUCCCUACCUGCCGGUGGCCGCGGGUGGCCCCGGGGCGUCCCUGCGGUGGCUGCUGGGACAGCAGCGUCCCGAUGGCACCUUCCAUGAGAGGGAGCCCGUCCUGCACCGCGAGAUGCAGGGCAGUGUGGCAGACCCAGGUCCCGAGGCCACCGUGUCCCUGACGGCCUUCGUGGUGGUGGCCCUGCAGGGGGCACGUGUCCUCCUGCCACCGGACAGCCCCGACCACCCCCACCUG